CUUGGGUAAGGACUGCUACCGCAGCCUCAGCUGGGCCUGCCCGGAGGGAGAGAGGGACGAGCAGGAAGAGCGCCCGCUGCCUGGGGCGCUGGGCCCGGGCGGGGAAGACAAGCUGGGCCGCUCCCGCGGGGAUCAGCCCCUGGGCCCACCUUCCCCUUCUCGGCGCCGCUCCUCGCCCACCCCGACCCGCGAUCGCGGCCCAGGGCUGGUGUUGGCGCCCCCCUCUCGGUUCCCGCCUGCACCGCGGGGUUCAGAGCUCUGCUCGAGUCAUGGAGCUCGGGCCGCACAGCAGGCCCGCUGAGCCGGGGCGUUGCGUGAGCGGCUCGCCCAGCGCGGGCUCAGCGUUCCCGGCGUCCCGGGUGUCUGCCGCCGGGGCCGAGCCCGGGAGUCGGCCCGCAGCGGUGGCGGCCGUGCUGCCGGCCGGGGGCUGCGGGGAGAGGAUGGGCGUCCGCACCCCGAAGCAGUUCUGCCGCGUACUGGAGAGGCCGCUCAUCAGCUACACCCUGCAGGCCCUGGAGAGAGUAUGCUGGAUAAAGGACAUUGUUGUGGCAGUGACAGGGGAGAACAUGGAAGCAAUGAGGAACAUCAUCCAGAGGUAUGGGCACAAGCGCAUCUCACUAGCUGAGGCCGGAGCCACGCGCCACAGGUCGAUUUUCAAUGGACUGAGAGCCCUGGCAGAGGAUCAGCCAGACUGUAAACUCACUAAGCCAGAAGUGGUGAUUAUCCACGAUGCUGUGAGACCUUUUGUGGAGGAAGAUAUUCUCCUGAGAGUUGUCAUGGCAGCUAAGGAGCAUGGGGCAGCAGGGGCAAUUCGACCUCUGGUGUCCACUGUCAUCAGUCCCGCUGCUGAUGGCUGCUUAGACCACGCCCUGAACCGGGCCAAACACAGGGCAAGUGAAAUGCCACAGGCUUUUCUCUUUGAUGUGAUCUAUGAGGCAUAUCAGCAGUGUAGUGACUAUGACUUGGAAUUUGGAACAGAGUGCUUGCAGUUGGCCCUAAAAUACUGUCACACGAAAGCGAAACUUGUAGAAGGGCCCCCCGAGCUCUGGAAGGUGACCUACAAACAAGAUCUGUAUGCAGCUGAAUCACUGAUUAAGGAGAAAAUUUCACAAGAGAUUUGUGUGGUUGUGAACACAAAAGAUGAAGAAUCUGUAGGGCAUCUUCUCAAGGAAGUGCUAAAAAAUGAAUUAAAUUGUGCUACCAUCACAUCCACAGCUCCAGAUCACUCAGGUGGAGACAUUCAGAACUUCCUCACAGACCAGUGCUAUAGCUUCAUCUGUGUGACUGUUCUGUCCUCUGAUUUUCAAGAGCCCCGGAAGUUCCUGACUGCACUUGAGGAGAGCAGCCUUCCUCUCUUGUAUCCUGUGGUUGUUGUGUUGGUGCACUGCCUAGACUUCACCUUCGUCCCGCCCACUCAGAAGAUGGAAAGCCUGAGGUGGAUCAGGGACUUGGCAAAGGAAGUGAAAAAAAGGAAUGUUUUAUUAAGUGGACUCCUGAUAAACUACUCACAGGAUGAGCAGAAACUACAAGAGAGUUUACAGCAAGGUGCUUCCAUCAUAGCUGCCUUAGUUAAAGAAAGAAGGCCUGCACUCGCUGGUCAGCUCCUGGUGGCGUAAAGAACACAGACAAGUCAUCAAUGAGCUGCCAAGGACACUUCCCAGACUCUGCCUCAUGCCUGCCUCCCCACCUCACUGUCUCUCCCUCGUGUGUGGGAGAGAAGUUUAGUUGUUUUCUUCAUCUUGCCACUUAUAGGAUGUGAUACAUAGAUUGUCAAAAUGGGUUAGUGUUCAUGUUCAUGACAUUAUGUGUGUCAAACAUAAAUGUCUUCAACCAUAAAAGGAUAGAUAAAUGAAAAAAAUACUGCCCUUAUGUAAGGAACCUGCUCACUUCUUCAGGGAGUCCAGUUUAAAUGAUGAAGUGAGCUAUCCCUUCAGGAGAUGAGACUUUAGACAGCUUAGCUAUUAUCUUAAAUCUAUGUUAAUUAACAGAUUGGUGCCAUUAUGAUGGAGACAAUGAAUAUGCUUCAGAAUUAUUCGGAAUUCUAAAAUUGUCUUCUCAGUAUGUGAUAUUAUAUCUUUUUGCCUUA